AGCGGGCGUCCCGCCGGCCAUGGCCGAGCGCCGCCUCCUGCUGCUGUUCGGCAGCCAGACGGGCACGGCGGAAGAUGUGGCCGACAGGGUCGGGCGGGCGGCGCGGCGCAGGCGGUUCCGCUGCACGGUGCGGCCGCUCGACUCCUACCGCCUGGCGAAUCUGAUUCACGAGCCCCUGGUGAUAUUCAUCUGCGCGACCACGGGCCAGGGAGACCCUCCGGACAACAUGAAGAACUUCUGGAAGUUCAUAUUCCGGAAGAACCUGCCCCCCACCUCCCUCUGUCAGAUGGACUUCGCCGUCCUGGGCCUCGGAGACUCUUCCUAUGCGAAGUUCAACUUUGUGGCCAAGAAGCUGCACAAGCGCCUCUUGCAGCUCGGAGGCCGGGCCCUCCUGCCCGCGGCCCUGGGCGAUGACCAGCACGACCUGGGACCAGAUGCGGUGAUCGACCCGUGGCUUCUGGAUCUGUGGGAGAAGGUGCUGGCUCUCUACCCCCUUCCUCCCGGCCUCGGCGAACUCAGCCCCGAUGUCCUCUUGCCCCCGAGGUUUGCCCUCCGCUUCCUGGAGGAGGAUCCCGGGGAGGACCCGGACGAGGCGGAGGAGACCCUCCGAGGCCCCCCCUCGGAGCUCCGCCCCUUCCCGGCUCCCAUGGUGUCCAAUCGGAGGGUCACCGCCGAGGACCACUUCCAGGACGUCCGGCUCAUCGAGUUUGACCUCUCCGGCUCGGGGAUCGAGUUUGGCCCCGGGGACGUGGCCUUGAUCCGGCCCGAGAACUCGGCCGGCGACACCCGGCGCUUCUGCCAGCUGCUCGGCCUGGCGCCGGAGCGGCGCCUCGUGCUGGACGCCCGGGACUCGGACGCCCCCUCCCUGACCCGGCUGACCCGGCCCUGCUCCGUCCACCACCUGGUGUCCAAGUACCUGGACGUGGCCUGCGUCCCCCGCCGCUCCUUCUUCGAGCUCCUGGCCGCCCUGUCCGGCCACGAGCUGGAGCGCGAGAAGCUGCGGGAGCUGAGCUCGGCCCGGGGCCGGGAGGAACUCUACAGCUACUGCAACAGGCCUCGCCGCACCACCCUGGAGGUGCUUCAUGACUUCCCGCACUCGGCCGGCUCCAUCCCCCCCGAAUACCUGCUGGACCUGAUCCCCCGCAUCCGACCCCGGGCCUUCUCCAUCGCCUCCUCCCUGGCGGCCCACCCGUCCCGGCUGCAGGUGCUGGUGGGCGUCGUCAAGUACCGGACCCGUCUCCACCGGCCCCGCCGCGGCCUCUGCUCUUCCUGGCUGGCAUCCCUGGACCCGCGGCACGGGCCGGUGCGGGUGCCUCUGUGGGUGCAACGCGGGAGCCUGGCGUUCCCGCCGGACCCCCGCGUCCCCGUGGUCAUGGUGGGGACCGGCACGGGGGUAGCCCCCUUCAGGGCCGCCGUCCAGGAGCGCGUGGCCCGGGGAGCCACAGAAAACUGCCUCUUCUUCGGCUGCCGCCGCAAGGACAAAGAUUUCUACUGGGAGGCCGAGUGGCAAGAGCUGGUGAGGAGGGGCAGCCUGACCCUCGUCACCGCCUUCUCCAGGGACCAGGAGGAGAAGGUGUACGUGCAGCACCGGCUCCGGGAACACGGGGCGUGGCUGUGGGACCUGCUGAGCCGGCGCGGGGCCUACAUCUACCUGGCCGGCAACGCCAAGACCCUGCCGGGGGCCGUGAGCGAGGCGCUGCGGGCCGUCUUCCGGGAGCACGGGGGGCUGCCGGACCCGGCCGCCGAGGCCCUCCUCGCCACCCUGGAGCGGACGGGGCGCCUGCAGACCGAGACCUGGGCCUGACGCCAUCCUUCGACCCUCCCCCUCGCCUUCCCCGCCUCUCCGGACGUCCCCCGCCCCGGGUACGGCGGGGCGGGGGGGCACCUACCUAGUCCGGCAGCUUCUGGAACAAUUCGGGCCGGGCCCGGGGGCGUAGGAGUUGGCCCCCCCCCCAGCUGCCGUGGGCAGAGCACUGGCCCGAGGGCGUACGA